AUGGUUAUCACCGAGCGGGCCACUUUUACCUCAAUUUAUAUCUUUCAACUUCAAUACGCGAUUUAUCAACAAUAUAUUAUGGAAUCGAAUAAUCAAGAAGGUCGAAUACUUUUAGCUAUCUGUUACGUCCAAAACGAUUAUUGUUACCAUCGUAACAUCAACAAGGCAAACGACAUGAGUAGGAGUGACGCUGGCUCUGUUCUGAUACUUGAGACUUCCAAUAACCUUAAGAAUGAGAGUGCGGGUUUCAAACCACCUACUCUGCAAAAUGAAGUUUGA